GUACCAGUACUCGACCAGGAGAGACCGGAAUGGACGUGACUAGCCGCUGCACACUCGGAGAUCCUAACAAACUGCCAGAAGGGGUGCCGCAGCCUGCUCGCAUGCCCUACAUCUCUGACAAGCACCCUCGACAAACUUUGGAAGUCAUCAACCUUCUCCGGAAGCACCGGGAGUUGUGUGAUGUGGUGCUCGUAGUUGGUGCGAAGAAGAUCUACGCCCACAGGGUGAUUCUGUCAGCCUGCAGCCCUUACUUCCGAGCCAUGUUCACUGGGGAGCUGGCAGAGAGUCGGCAGACAGAAGUCGUGAUCAGAGACAUCGACGAAAGGGCCAUGGAACUGCUGAUUGACUUUGCGUACACCUCUCAGAUCACCGUGGAAGAGGGAAAUGUCCAGACCUUGUUGCCAGCUGCUUGCCUUCUCCAGCUGGCUGAGAUCCAGGAGGCGUGCUGCGAGUUCCUUAAAAGACAGUUGGACCCUUCCAAUUGCCUGGGCAUCCGAGCUUUUGCUGACACUCACUCGUGCCGCGAACUGCUGAGGAUUGCUGAUAAGUUCACACAGCAUAACUUCCAGGAGGUGAUGGAGAGUGAGGAGUUCAUGCUGCUCCCUGCCAAUCAGCUCAUAGACAUUAUAUCCAGUGACGAGUUGAAUGUUCGCAGUGAAGAGCAGGUGUUCAAUGCGGUGAUGGCCUGGGUGAAAUACAGCAUUCAGGAGAGAAGACCCCAGCUGCCACAG